AUGCCACCGCCUUCAGAGCCCGGCAUCAACAGGAUCCCACAGCAAACGGCACCGAAUUUUCAUAGUAACGAGGCGGUCUUUGAGGCUGUGGAACAGCAGGAUCUUGAUGCUGUCCAGAUGCUCCUAAACCUCUAUAGCACAGAAGAACUGGAUUUGAACACACCAAACAGUGAAGGCUUAAUGCCUUUGGACAUUGCAAUUAUGACCAACAAUGUGCCCAUGGCCAAGAUGCUUCUGCAGGCUGGAGCUAAGGAGAGCCCACACUUUGUGAGUUUGGAGAGUCGUGCCUUACACUUGACAACACUGGUGCGAGAGUCUGAGCAGCGUGUGAGUGAGUUAACUACACAAGUACUGAACGAAACACCAAAUACAAACUGCACAGACAAAGAGAAACAGCUAAAAGCCUGGGAGUGGCAUUACCGACUCUUCAAACGGAUGAAAGCUGGCUUUGAACAUGCACGAGCCCCAGAAGCACCAACCCAUGUGCAGUUAUCUGUUGCCAGUAGUACCUCAUUGCAGGUGACAUUCCAUGAACCUCUCAGUGUCAAUUCUGCUGUCGUCACGAAAUAUAAAGUUGAAUGGAGCACUUCCCAUAAUUUCAGUUCAAUAACAGGAGAGGCCUCACUGGAUGACAUGAAAACUCUACUGUACACAAUGAUAGGCCUUGUCACAGGGCUCCCUUACUACAUCCGGGUAUCUGCCUAUAAUAUGAAAGGUUGGGGCCCCCCACAGGUUUCCACUCCUGCAUGUGCAACACCAUCCUACUGGAGAGAGUACGAUGGCAAGGAAGUAAAGCGUGGUGGACAGACUGAAGCCUUGGACCAACUGUUGAAUCAAAUCAAGAACAACCACCAACAUUGCCUGUGCCAUGAAAAUUCAAAAAUCCAUCUGCAAGGCCGUAAGCACUCAGUGUCCAAGAGCCUGAAACACCUUUUUCAGCCAACAAGUAAAUUUGUUAAAAGUCUCAAACGAGGAUUAUACCUAACAGCAAUAUUCUACAAGGAUGAUGACAUAAUUGUGACACAUGAGGAACAGAUUCCAGUGGUAGAGAUGGAUGAUUCGUACUCCAGCUCACUGAUGCAAGAUUUUCUUUGGUUCACAAAGGUAUCAUGUAUGUGGGAAGACAGUCGAUGGCUGAGUCAGUGUAUGUGUCCCUCCUUAUCCUCCUGCUCAUCGGUACUACAGGCUCGUCAUAAGAUGCUUGUAGCAGUUGUUCAAUUUCAGGCACUGCUCGGAACCCAAGAUCUUGGCCAUGUAUACUUCGAGCCCAUCAAAGACAAGCAUGGGAAUGUACUGAUCGUGACCCUAAGAGAACUGAGCUCAUACCAGAGUCUGGAGAAUGUCAGGUGGACUCCACUGUCUAAGUUCCAGACUCAACGCAAGUCACUCUCCUCUCCAGAAGACCCCACAGCACUGGAUAUGCUGCUAUCAACUCUCCAUGAAAAGUUAGCCUACCAUAGGAGGAGCAACCAGGCCCUUUCCCCAGGUCUUUAUCUUGGUUAUCUAAAGCUCUGCAGCUCAGUUGAUCAAAUCCGUGUCCUUGUCCCUCAGAAGCUACCCAAUAUCCUGUGUCAUAUCAAGAUAAGGAGCAAUCACAAUGUCUCCAGAGUUGAAUGGGAGUGGCUCCAGAACCUGUCAAAUUUGGGCGAGUCCACUCUAACAGAUCCUUGUGAGGGAUGCUCCCAGAAAUUCUUCCAGCAAGAACUCAGGGUAGCCAUUUCAGAACUGAUGAAUCAGAUCGGCAUUCCAUUGCAGCAGGCCAAAGAGUUCAGGCUGUACAGCCAAGAGGUGUUGGAGUUUGCAGACAACCUGUCCUUCCUUCUGCUUCUGCCGCCAUCUGAUGAUGUGUGCACAGCCCCUGGACAGAACAAACCCAACCCCUGUUCAGGGUUCCUCGCACUGCCACUGCAGAUUUUUGAACUGGUUCACUUCUUCACCUAUGAUAAAGCUUUCAUCAGCCAGUAUUGCCAAGUGUCAGCACUGCUGGAGUUGGAUUUACUCCUCUCCCAGCAGGCACUGAGGGAGGCAUUUUCUGACUCUGAGGUCGUGGCAGCUAAACAGAGGCAUCAGCAAGUCCAGGACUUUACUCAGCAAAUGGAGGAGAUCUGGCGGGAGAGGCGCUGGAUAAUGGAUGUUCUACAGUACGCAAGGUACAAGCAGCCUCCAGGGGGCAUUCCAUUGACCUGGCUGAUGGAUUUUACCACAGAUAUAAAAAAGGACAAUCUGCAAUCCAUUUCAUCCAACCUAGAUUAUUUGCCCUCCCCAACCCCCUCCCCAGAGACCAGUCGUAAACAUCCCACUGGUAAGUCUGAUUCACAUGGGAUAUCAGAUGAAGAAGGUUCUUCAGAGGUAUUUUUGGCCACAGACAGUGAUUAUGACUCUAGCAGAGCUCAGAGCCCCAAAGAAGUCGAUCUCAUCUGCUCAUCAGCCACUGACUGCAGCAGAAGACCCAGCCACAGUCUAUGUGAUAGUGCUCCUGAUGUUCUUCAGGCACAUGAACUCAAAUCACAACUAGUAACCAGCAGUCGUGAGGACGCGAGGCACACAGCUCUCUAUGACAGUGACUUUGUGCUCCCGAGCAGACAGCUUGAGCUUUUGCACAUCACAGAAAAAAGGCAGGCCUAUUGUGUCAGAACGAGCAGCCUUGAUAUUCCAACUCAAUCCUUCCACAUUCAGAGAAAAUGUUGGUCACGACCUGAAUCCAUGGAUGAAUGCCCAACAGAACAAAAGUCCAGUGGAUCAAGUGCGAAUAGGCAUAGGCCCUGUGUGCCUGUCAAUACAGACACACCUCUUCAUUCUGAGGAUACUUCAAGACUAACAAGUCAUUCCGAAUCCCAGGAUUCCACAGAAUGGAUUAACCCUCAUCAAGAAUCUCUGGAGAAAGAAGAACAACCCUAUGAAGGGAAAAAACUGAACUCUGUGAGUUUAAGAGUUUACCCCCAGUACCACACGGGAUUGUCCAAGGAGAUAUGUGUCAAGCUUCAUGUCACAGGCAACACAUCAGCACAAGAGAUUGUUAAGCUGGUGAUAAGGGAAACAAAUGAGACAGCGAUGAAAAUGAGUGGAGACAAAGAUGCCCAGUUUUACAGAGAUGACCAGCUACAUCACUUUGGCCUGGUGUUAUCCAUGGACAACACGGAGAAAUGGCUACAGGAUGACUUUCUGCCCCUUUCUCUACAGAAUCCAUGGACCAAGGGAAAAUUAUGUGUUCGUAUUAAAGAGUAUUCCCCCCUAUUAGUGCAGUAUGGUAAAGCAACAACAGUAUGA